AUGUCAGCUGGGACAGUGGUCAUCGCAGGGGGAAUUUUGGCUGCCGUCAUCUUACUGACCAUCGUCGCUGUAUUGUGUUUAUGUAGGUUGCAGUAUUACUGCUGUAAGCGGGAGGAGGAGGAGAAGGGGGAGGAGGAGGAACCGGACCUCUACAACAUGUCACCGUGUCGGCCGCUGGCCCUGCCCAGCCCUCCGUCGCCCCCGACGCCCGAAACCUACAGUGACGAGCCCAUCGUCUACUCCCCCACCUUCCUGACGGAGGCCAACGGGCCCACCGGCUACUCCCCUCCUCCACCUCAGCCCCUGCCGGGCCGCCGGUUCCAGCGCCCGCACGCCUUCUACUCGACGUGCGCCCGCUGCUCGCUGCCCUUCUACCUGCAGCGCCCGGAGAGGCUCUGCAACGGCGGGCGGAGGAUCAGCUACCGGACGGUGCAGCAGCGGGAGGUGGACCUGCCCGCCGACCUGGCCAGCCUUUACCACAAGCUCAACCUCAUCCGCUCGGUCACCAUGCGGGAGGUGGUCACCCACAGCGUCAGCACUGACGUCUAG